GGCGCCGCGCCCCGCCAUGGCUCCCCGCGCUGCCCGCCUGGCGCGCCUGUCCCGCACCGUCAGCUUCAGCGCCUGCCACCGGCUGCACAGUAAAUCACUGAGUGAUGAAGAAAACCUGAAGCUGUUUGGGAAAUGCAACAAUCCAAAUGGCCAUGGGCACAACUAUAAAGUUAUAGUCACAGUUCGUGGAGAGAUCGACCCAGUGUCAGGAAUGGUUAUAAACCUGACAGACCUGAAAGAAUAUAUGCAGGAGGCCAUUAUGGAACCGCUUGACCACAAAAACCUGGAUAAGGAUGUGCCGUUCUUUGCUGAGGUUGUGAGCACCACAGAGAACGUUGCAGUCUUCAUCUGGGAAAACCUCAAGAAGCUCCUGCCCAUGGGAACUCUUUAUAAAGUGAAAGUGUAUGAAACGGACCAGAACAUUGUCAUUUAUAAAGGAGAAGAAACCAUCUCUGAGAACUGAGAUGAUGUUGAGAUCAGCUGGUCAGAAACACUGCUGCAUAAUCCCAUCAGUGGGUUAUUUCGGCCCUGCUCUCUGUGUUUCCUACACCUGGACGUUGGUUAUGUGUUACAUAAAGAUAAAUGCAGAUGUUUCAUAAGAGUUCGUGGAGCCAUCUAGUAAGUCGGGUUCUCAGAAUUUGAUUUGUCUGCUUUUUCUCAAGACAUUCCUGUUUUGCAAACCCAAACCACCAAGCUGAUGUGAAAUUUACAGUUGUGCCAUGGUAAACGAAGCAGCUUCUAGAGAGGAGACAGCCUGGCAAAAUGUAUGACCUGUCCAGUCACAAAAGGCUUAAUUAAUUGAUUAAUUGAUGAUAUUUAAUAACCUGGGCUUUAGUGUUGUUCUGCUUCUUGAUCAAACAGAUAAAGGUUCUUGAGAAUGAGAA